AUGGCGGACGAAAUGGAAGUAGAGACAACCACAACAAGCUCUGAAAAAUCAAAAGACGCAGCGAUGGAGAUAGAUAUUCCACAGAAAGAAAAAGUACAAGCUAAAGGAUCAUCUGGUGCAAGUACUAGCUCCGGAAAACAAUCGAAAGGUUUUGAACUCCCAUGGUAAGCGAACGUGCAUGUCUGUGCAAUCUAUGAGUAUGAUCAUAUUAUUAUUCUUUGAAUGAACCCUUGCUUGUUUGUUCGUUGUUCGGAGAUUUUAUUCUUCAUACUUUUUUCACGCGAAAUAUUUUUAAAGAUUUAGCCGACAAAUUUACCCAGCCGCCUGUGAGGCUUUGUAGUCUUUGUAAGGAACAAACUAGUAAGCUUAUGCUUCGAAUUUAACUUGUAAUUUGCUAUGUUUUGAUUCUGAUCCUCGACGUAAAAAGGAAAUAAUAUUUCACAUAAAUUGUGUGGUUGACCAGAUUUUGAAAUUCUCUAAUGUUGAGUUUAGUUACUUCUGGGAGUGAAAGGGUUAAAGGUUUUAAAGCAUGUGUUGGCAAAGAAGAGCCUCCUGUGAAGGCUAAGGCCAGGUUCAGACGUCGAACUUGACAUGUGCCAAACCUAAUUCCUAUUUAGAGGCCCUGCCAGGGUAAAUUCCGACAAGCGAUAUGGCCCAAAAAGUAGCAACAGCGUGUAAAAUGAAAUCGUGACAAGAGACAACCUCCCUCGGCCAAAUUGCGACAGUGACAGCAAAGCUGAGAAUAAGCGGCAAGCAUUUACAAACUCUGACACUAGACAGUUUAAAAUUCAGGUGGGCGACAUGGAACCCCUCUGGCAGGGUCUCUAUUUAGGUUGACCCAAACUAUUAAUUUUGACUGUUAAUUCAGACAGUCGUUCUUAACACGUGCCAAACCUAAUUCAUUGUGAAAAGAAAUAUCAUCCUUACUUCUUAAAAUAAGGAAAUAAACUGAAAAAUGUAAAAUUCAUCAAGCCUGGAAAUUCUUGUUUUGAUUUUAGUGUGAUUUGUGGUCUGUUAUGGCAAGGAGACAGCUGAGGAGAUCGUGAUCGUGAUAUUUGGACAAAAUAAAGUAAUGCUAUAAAUUUUAAAAUACAUUAUGAUUUAUUUUUGGAUAUAAAGAAAAGCAACUUUUUAGAAGACUGUUUUAAGCUGCCCAGUUUCAAUCUAAAAAACUACAACGUGAAUGCAGGUAACCAUCGUUACGCUUCCGUGAGUUCGUGAUUGCAAAGGCGCCAAAACCCUCUAAAUAGCCAAUCAGAAGUGCGGUUAUAUUGAAAAAUAUGUUAACAUAAGUUAUGCAUUAGGUUCGGCACAUGUGAAGUUCUACGUAUGAAUCAAAGUCGAUCUUUUGCCGUUUUAUUUGACAAGCUCAGUAAAAUAGAACAGCAGAGUCGACCCAAAUACAAAAGUGCUGUUCCUAAUUGAUUCGUGCGUUGAACUUUACAUGUGCGGGCAGUGCCGAACCUAAUAAUUAAUUAGGUUUGGCACAUGUAAAGUUCGACGUUUGAACCAGGCCUAAGAGAGUUUUUUAUAUAUUAGUAUACACAGUUUGACUGAUCACUUUAGCAGACAGCAUCUUAUUUUACAGACCACUAAAUUCAAAAGAUUGUUUUGGAUACUAUUCAUGAAAGCAAAACCUUGUUAAAACAGUUUGUUUCAUGUAGUUUUUUUAAUGACUCAAAGCAAUGAUUUUGGAGGCCAAGGAAAAGUUCUUUGUGUUUAGGAUUUGAUGCACUUUGAUCAUCAAUGGCUGUUCUGCUUGCAUGUAGAGUGAAAUCUUUCAUACCCUCUCAGUCUUUACUUAAACCCCAAGAUAUAAUAAACAGAAAGUAGGAUAGAAGAAUUCUCCUUUUUUCUGACCAAUUUCCUUUUCUUGGUCGAUAUUGUGAGUUUGUAGAAACUCUUUCUUCUUCUUGAAUUUAUGGCUUGUGCACUUCAUGUUUGGGCCAUACAUGUAGAACGGUAAUUUUCAGGGGAAAAAGCUUAAUCCCAACUCACAGUUAGUACAGAUCCUUACCUCCGUCAACUUUUGAGCUAUGUGCAUGUCCUAAGAGUAUACACUGUGAUGAUUACUAUACUCUGUUCUCUGUCAGGGUUGAGAAAUACAGACCAACUAAACUUCAUGAAAUUGUGGGAAAUGAGGAGACUGUCAGCCGUUUAGAGGUACUGGUCAUGCAGUCAAUGUUGUGUUGUUGUGGUGGUUAGUUUGUUUAAUGAUCGUUAGUCUCGCUUGCAUAAGAAGCGAGACCCAUAAUCUGCCACGCCUUUUUCGUCAUAUUUAGGACAGAAAAGGGGGCUCAUUGUGCCAGGCAUUUCUUGUGAAGAAAGCUUAGGAAAGAUUAAAUUUAGAGCUUUUCUGAAACGUGUCAGUCCACGAAUUCUACUGCUUCGAAGCGUUGAUUACUUUGGAACAAGUGAACACUACUGAGUGGUCGAAAAAAAAUAAGAAUCUUAAUAAAAAUUAGCAAAACCGCGAUGGUCGGGUGUUGUAAAGUUUUAUCGUAUGCAAAUGGGCUUGUGAUGAGCAUGCAAUUUAUUUUCAUCGAUGAUUGAAAUGACGUGCCAUGUAAAACACUUUUUUGAUCUCUGGCAAUGAUGUUAUUUCUCUGGAAUUGAGGCCCUUGAAUUUAUGUGUAUUUAUACACGCGUAUAGCCUGCAAGUUCAGACGUAUUUCCGGUCGUCGCUAACAUGCGUUUUAAAUCAAUUCAGAUCAAACAAUUAAGAAGUAUCGAUAUCCAUAAAGUAGGAAAACCUUUAUUGAGUAACUCCUGUCUGGUGUAGAAUUAAUCGCCUCCUCAUUUCUUGGUCUAAUUUAUAAGCAAGUUGGGGUGAAUGCUGCUGUAAGAGUGUUCUUGUUAUUGCUCAUAAUUUAAGCUGUUUCAAAUUUUUAUCCCUCUGUUGUUACAUUUCUCUUGUGGUUCAUGCGUGCACAGCUGUACCACGUCACAUGAUAUGCAACAUUCGACAGUCUUUUUACUUAAAAAUUGAAUUGAUUGCAAACUCUUCUUGUUUUAGGUUUUUGCAGAACAAGGAAAUGUUCCAAACAUUAUCAUCGCUGUGAGUAAAACAUUCUGUCAGAAAGAAGGAAUUUUGCACUUAGAUGUAUCACACAAUAUAUAAUGAAUGUAGCACAAUAAUGCCUUUGUCUAUUAUUCAACUCACCUACUGUAAGGGAGAAAACAGGAUGAAGACUUAGAAGUACAUGUAUAAGGAUGUUUGUAUUUGGCUAUAAAAAAAGUCACACAAUAUCUGUUUCAAGAAGUGGAAGAGCUGAUGAAAAAGUGAUUGAGAGUUGAGGACUGAUAAUUGUCAUAGUCUUUGAAACACUGGGGCUGGAUUUUAUGUUUCUAAAACGUAUUUUAAAAAAGCUUCUUUAUAUCAAGGAAGUUGAUAAAUAUGAUUUUCAGGGUCCUCCUGGUACAGGAAAAACAACAAGUAUCCUAUGUCUGGCCAGAGCUCUACUUGGUACAUCUUUUAAAGAUGCUGUUCUUGAAUUGAAUGCAUCUAAUGACAGGUAUGUGUACCAGAUGAAAGGGCCUUAUACAUUGUAGAAAAGUCUCAGAUGAAAAAAAAAAUUUUUUUUAAGGGGAGCUUCAUUAUAAAAAGUGUUCCGUUAGAGAUGCCUCCACCUCAGGGUCACUUUCUCUGCUCCAGUUUCUAGCCAUCACCUUUGUGAGGGAGUACAUGUACAGUGACAUGUCCUGUAACAACCCAAAACGAGUUAUGAUGGCUCCCAAUAAGGGUCCUUCUGGUUUUGCUAUAGCCUGGGAUCAGGCUCUGUAGCGGUGGAAAAAGGCAAAAAAAAAAUUAUCGAGGGAAGUGUGCCAAGCGGGAGUCUGGCAAGGGGAAAGGGCGACAGCCAAGCUUUCCCCUCUCCAGUCAACUGUGUGGUUCACUUUGCUCACCAGUUUUUAUUUUUUUGCUGUUUCACUCUGUUUUUUGCCUCUUUCCCCCACUAUGAUGAGUGGUCUCAGGCUAUUUCUGCUACAAGUACUAGGUUUUGCAAUACCGUGGUACCCAUAAAUCUCCUUGUUUACUGGUCAACAACACUGAAGGAAGGUAAGUUCUGGGGUGGGGAAACAUGGCUUCUGUGUAGCAUUCUGACAAAAAUGGACACUCAAAUAAAAAAUCAGAAUUCCACCAUCAAAGGUUAAGAUUUUUGCCUUUUCUAUUUUUUUAAGUAAAGGUGAAGGAGCUUGAUUCUAACCUAAACUAUUCUUUGGUUGGAUUAAUGAUUAACACAAAUAUGUCAAUAACAGUAAAUCAUCGAUCUUAAAAUCAUCCUUAAUCCAUAAGGUAUUGUAAUGUUUACAAAUUCUCUUCUGACAUUAUUGCAGAGGAAUUGAUGUGGUACGUAACAAGAUCAAGAUGUUCGCUCAACAGAAAGUAACUUUACCAAAAGGCAGACACAAAAUAAUAAUUUUGGAUGAGGCAGACAGGUUUGUUUCGAUAAGGUCAUUUACAGUUGUCUUUAUUCUUAAGGCAAGUUUUAGUAUUAAUUACUCAAAUUUGAAAUUUAUAUGAAUUUUCAGAUGUAAAAUUUAGAAAGAGUUUAGAAAGAGGUACUUUGAUAUGAAUGGUAACACCAUAGGAUUUCAUCCAAAAUUUUUAAUGUGAGAACUAGCCAAUAUGGAAAUUAUUGACGUAGCAUACCAAGUAUGAGACACAGUGUUUCAUCACCAGAUGAAACACUGAGAAGAGAGUUUAAAAUAUGACUGCAGCAGAGUAUUUUUGACGAACUUCGAGGUGUUUCCUCUGGUGAUAAAACACUGUGUCAAAUGCGUGAUUUUACCUCUCAAACAAAAUGAUUUUAGAAGGAGAAAUUAAGGAUGCAAAAAUGAGCAGUUUUUCAUCUGAUUUCCAAACACUCAUUAAACUUUAUAUCCUUUGUUUUUUCUUUAUGAAGUAUUAAUGAGUUUGAGAAUAUUCAGUGAAACAAUAGUAUUAACAGUAUUAGCAUUAGUAUUAACAUUAACAGUUGCUCUUGUCUAUGUGUAGAGAAUGAACUGGUAAGUGCAGAUUUUGAAUUUAGUUCAAUAAUUAAGAGCUACUCUGUUUUUUUGUGUUAGCAUGAUGGAUGGAGCACAGCAGGCACUUAGAAGAACAAUGGAAAUCUAUUCCAAAACCACACGGUUUGCAUUAGCUUGCAAUACUUCAGAUAAAAUUAUU